GAAAUCCACUCCCGAAAUAAGCCGACACGAGCGUCCGCCCGGCCGACGUAAUCGCCAUGGUGGACGCCGGUCCGCCGCGGCUCGACCUCCGGACGGCCGGUCACGUGCUCCGCCGGUCCUGGUCUCUGCUUCUUGCCGCCCUCCCAGCUCUUCUUCUCGCCGCCCUCCUCCUCCUCUCCUUCCGUUCCGCUCUCCUCGCCGGCACUCUCCGCCUCGCCUCCGUUUCCGACCGAGACCCCGCCGUCCGCUCCCUCCUCUCCCGCCUCCCUCCCCGCCGCCGCCCCUUCCUCCAGCUCACCCGCGUCGGCACCCUCGACGAAGACUUCUUCUCCGACUCCGCCGCUGGCGACCGCCGCGCCUCCCGCCGGCCGGCCUCCUCCUCCAACGUCUCCUUCCCCGCCCCCGUCCGCCUCUUCCUCGUCGACGGCUCCCUGGGGUUUCCGAGAUUCCCAAAAUCCGUCAAGAUAAGGGUUCCGGACUUCCCUUCCUCCCCCUUCCUCUUCUCCUUCCCCGAUGGCGAAGGCGGUGCCGACGAUGCCGCUGGCGACCGGGACCAGGCCGUCGAUCUCCGGAUCUUCGGACGCGGACUCGACCUGGACCGCCAAGAUGCGACGGCGAUCCUCUAUCUCCUCACCCUACUCUCCUCCACUCACACCCUCGCCAUCCUAGGGUUCAUCCUCUCCUACACCUGCGCCCUAGGCGUCGUCUUCGUCGCCGUCACCGCUUCCCUCCUCCAGAAGCCGGUCUCCAUCACCGGGACCAUCUAUUCCGGCGCUCGAGUGGGGAUCUGGCGGCUCACGGGGUUCGUGUUCUUGCGGUGGGCUGCGAGGGACGCCCUGGUCCAGUUCCUCUGCAUCUGGUUCUUCGCCGACGUCAGGGAUCAGAACGAGCUCUUCAAGCUCUUUGUGAAGGUCAAACUCAUGCCUUUCUACCUAUCGCCGUUGAACCCAUGGUCCGGGCCCCGUGAUGAGGCUCUCUCGGGGUUCUUCUUCGUCUGGGCCCUGCUCGACACCGUGGUCUCUGUUGUGUUUGCGCUUGUUCCAUGGGUGGUGAUCAUAGACCACAAUUUGAGGAGGCGGGGGCGAGAUGCGGUGAGAGAAGGGUGCUAUUUGAUAUCCAUGAUGCCAGCCCAGGCUUUGUUGCUCAAGUGCUUGGAGACACUGGCCUGUGGGAAUCUUGGGAGGACAUUUGCCAUGAUGGUUGGGGGGAGGCUCUUUGCGGAGGUGUUUCAUUCGGUGGCGGAGGUUUACUUCAUCGUGGUCUGGCUGAUAUUCUAUUUUGCAGCGAGGUGUAGGGAGGGGGAAUUGGAAGGUAGGAGGUUUGGAAGGCAAGAUUUGGAGGAAUGUAUCAAUGGCCUCAGAUGACUGUGGUGGUGGAGCUGUUGGCAAAUACUUGAGAUUCUUAUGUAGGCCUUUAUACGGGGAACAGAGGAAUGGAGAAAGAUCAAACCUUUAGCAACACGGCCAGAAGAACCGUUGGUCCUGCUGUGAACCAACACAAUGAAGAAUGUCAAAGAAGAUGUUCUCAUUGCAGGAUAUGUAGUGUUUCGAGUCAGGCUUGAAUUCAUACUCCUCCCUAGCUUGAUCAAGCACUUCCUGGAAUAACGGAUGCUCAAGAAAGGUGAUUCUAAUGGUGAACCUCUUGCAUUCUUCUCCCACAUACACAAUCAUAUAGCCCCUGGGAACAUCUUUUGGAAUGGUCUGCUUUUCUUGGGAGCAAAAGACUAGAGAGCACUGGGAUAUUUUAUUGGCUGCACAAAUCAAGAACUCUUUGCCCUUUUCCAUCCGCUUCCUCAAGAAGGCCGAGGGAACUCCCUCUAAGCAUCUUCAUGCCCAAAAUGUGUGAGAGUUGUCUUGUAUGAAAACCACAAGAUUCAAUGAGUCUCCAUGCUGUUGGGGCCUAGGAUGUUCGAGCAUUUGAUGAAGGCGAGCUACAAAGAGAGUAGAAUGAUAGCUGAAGGUAAGCUGUAAAACCUUCGGCAAUUUGGAAAUAGUAAAAAUAUUUUCUAGAUUUUGAUAAACAAAAGUUUUAUAUUGUUAUUUAUUUUUCUUUGCCUGAAUUAUUCGCUGAAUUAUUUGAGACGAUUAAUUUAAUCAAGAAUUAUAUGAAGAAGCGUAAUUUCUUUAGUCA